CCGCCGACGCACCAGCUCACCCGCGCGGACGCGCACACUCCAGCUCCACAACAAGCGCGCACUGGGGCCAAGUUCAGGGAUUCAAGGAUUCACAAGUGAUUUGAAUAAAAAAAGAAAGAAGGAAAGAAAGAAAGAAAGAAGGAAAGAAAGAAAGGGUCUGCAGCCAUGGCAUCCAUAGGAGAGUUUGACCCUCUCAACUCCACCGUGCCCGCGACAAAGAUUGAGAUCACCGUGUCUUGCAGAAACCUGCUAGACAUGGACACCUUCUCAAAGUCUGAUCCAGUGGUAGUAUUGUACAUUCAAGGCCUGGGCACUAAGGAGUGGAGAGAGUUUGGUCGGACGGAGGUGAUCGACAACACGCUGAACCCGGACUUCGUCAGGAAGUUUGUCCUGGAUUUCUUUUUUGAAGAGAAGCAGAACCUUCGCUUCGACGCGUACAACGUGGAUACGAGGAGCUCCAGUCUCUCCAAACAUAAGGACUUUCUGGGUCAGAUAUUCUGCACCUUGGGGGAGGUCAUCGGCUCCCCCGGCGGCAGACUGGAAAGGCCACUUUCUGGGAUUCCUGGGAAGAAGUGUGGAACCAUCAUCUUCACAGCCGAGGAGCUCAGUAACUGCCGGGACCUAGCUACCAUGCAGUUCUGUGCCAACAAGCUAGAUAAAAAGGAUUUCUUUGGCAAGUCCGACCCUUUCCUCGUUUUCUACCGAAGCAACGAAGAUGGAACGUUUACCAUCUGCCACAAGACUGAGGUGAUCAAGAACAACCUGAAUCCAGUUUGGCUGUCGUUUACCAUCCCUGUUCGAGCACUUUGCAACGGAGACUACGACAGGACAGUCAAGGUGGACGUAUACGACUGGGACAGAGACGGGAGUCAUGAUUUUAUUGGCGAGUUCACCACCAGCUACAGAGAACUGUCCAGAGGCCAAAGCCAGUUCAAUGUUUACGAGGUUUUGAACCCUAAAAAGAGAGGCAAGAAGAAGAAAUAUGUCAAUUCAGGGACGGUGACUCUUCUGUCUUUUAAAGUGGAGUCUGAAUGCACGUUUGUGGACUUCAUCAGAGGAGGGACACAACUUAAUUUCACUGUGGCCAUAGACUUCACAGCAUCCAACGGUAAUCCAUCCCAGCCCACCUCUCUGCACUACAUGAAUCCCUACCAGAUGAAUACAUAUGCCAUGGCCCUGAAGGCUGUUGGGGAGAUCAUCCAGGACUAUGACAGUGACAAACUCUUCCCUGCAUAUGGCUUUGGAGCUAAACUUCCCCCAGAUGGCAAGAUAUCGCAUGGUUUUCCUCUGAACUCUGAUUCAGAAAACCCCAAUUGUGUGGGGAUUGAAGGUGUUCUGGAGGCUUACUUCCAAAGCCUGCGAUCAGUUCAGCUGUAUGGCCCAACCAACUUUGCCCCCGUCGUCAACCAGGUGGCCCGGUGUGCUCAAGAAGUGACGGAUGGCUCUCAGUACUUUGUUCUGCUGAUGAUCACGGACGGCGUCAUCUCAGACAUGGCUCAAACUAAAGAGGCAGUUGUGAAUGCCGCCUCGUUGCCCAUGUCCAUCAUCAUAGUGGGAGUGGGUCCUGCUGAGUUUGAUGCAAUGGAGGAGCUGGACGGGGAUGAAGUCAGAGUGUCUUCAAGGGGACGUUUCGCUGAGAGAGACAUCGUCCAGUUUGUUCCCUUCAGGGACUACAUGGACCGCUCAGGGAACCAGGUUCUGAGCAUGGCCCGGCUGGCCAAGGACGUCCUGGCAGAGAUUCCUGAUCAGCUGCUGUCUUUCAUGAAAAGCCGGGGGAUCGAACCGCGGCCGCCGCUGUCGGCCGCCUCAGAGCGUCCCUCCAUGUCCACUACUGCCACUACCGCCGUCACCUCCGCUCCUGAUGCCAAACAGCGCAAGGCUCAAUGAUGGCAGCGAGUGAUGCUGAACAGCAGCCGACCCGAGCAAAGCCAGGAGUAAGUUCAGGUCUCUGAGCGUGGCU